AUGUCCGCGAGAAAUGCAAAACUAAUUCUGAACGAGGAGAUAAAUGUGGAUAUUUUAGGGACAGUAUUGAAUGGAAACAGCAAUACCACCCAAAACCCCUACAAAGAAAAUGAAGGAAAACCUAAGUGUACCUUUCCAAAGAGGGAAAAAGAGUGCCCCUAUGGAAAACUUGAAUGCCAGCAAAAGGAAGGGAAUUUUCGGUGGAGGCUGCUUCAGUCUCUGGAAGAAUUUCAAGAGGACAUAGACUUUAGGCAUUUCAAGUAUGAAGAAAUGAUAGAGGGACAUGGGAUAGAAAGGUAUUUGGAAAAGAUAGGGAGUUUGAGAAAAAAUGUUAGGGCUUUGCCCUGUAACUGUAGGUAUUCUCAAGACUGACCACAUCCCAUUUAAUGCAUUUCCCCCUCAAAACA